AAAACAAAAGUUUCCUGACCAGCUCCGACCCUGCCAUUGGCUUUAACCUUUAGUCACAUGAUUUAUUCGAACCAAAGAGAGGGGACGGAAGUAAUACUUCCGCUUUCUGUACGUCUAACGAACCACUGUGCCCGCCUUCCCGUGCUCUGAUUGGUCAUCUUUUCUCAACUCGCUAGUUUAUUGGCUAGCGCUGCGAGGCGCAGUCCAGCGGGUCCGGCAGUCUGCUGUGUCAGACAACCGGGCUUCCAUGGCGUCCUAUUUUGAUGAACACGACUGCGAGCCAGCGGACUCCCAGCAGGAGGUCCGAACGAACAUGUUGCUGGAGCUCGCAAGAUCACUGUUCAAUAGGAUGGACUUUGAAGACUUGGGGUUGGUAGUAGAUUGGGAUCACCACCUGCCUCCACCUGCUGCCAAGACUGCUGUUGAGAACCUCCCCAGGACAGUCAUCAGGGGCUCUCAGGCUGAGCUCAAGUGCCCCGUGUGUCUUUUGGAAUUUGAGGAGGAGGAGACGGCCAUUGAGAUGCCUUGCCAUCACCUGUUCCAUUCCAACUGCAUUCUGCCCUGGCUAAGCAAGACAAACUCCUGCCCCCUGUGCCGCCAUGAGCUGCCCACGGAUGAUGACACUUAUGAGGAGCACAGACGAGAUAAGCAGGCCCUGAUAGGCCUUAGGUCUCUGGCUGCCUUCUCAGUGACUGUGGUGAGGGGCAAGAGCCUUAGCAACACAGGUGCCAGGGACCUGAAAACAGUGAGAGCCAGCUCCAUGAUAGCUGCCUCAUCCCUUCACCUAUAGGCCUUCAGGUAUGGCCCCUGCCUCUUUC